ACGCAGAUUCUUCGGGGUAUCCGCGUACAUCUUCUUUCGGAGAGCUCGUCCCCACACCAUCGCACCCCAAUCUGACAUAGGAUCUGUGCACUAAAGAUCUGCCUAUUCAUCUCAAUACUCAGCUUAAACAAUUUGUUAUGGGAGUUGUGACUGUAUCUAGCUCAGCUGCUCGGACUACUUUAGGACUGAAUACAAAAUUUUCAAGUCAUUGGCCUGCACUGAAGAAACCGGCAAUUGUAGCAUUUAAAGGAGAUAAAUCCAAUAAUACUUCCUUGGUUGCACCUCAAGAGCAGAUUCCUCUACUGAUAGACACAGCUAAGGCACACCGUAAAAAGAUAGCAAAAGCUAAUAAAUUACCAAAGAGAGUGAAAGCUGCCUUUACGGAUGAAGCGUCUCCAUCCGCUUUGGAUAUGGAUUACAAUGAAGCUGCUGCCCAACUUGAAAAUAUAUUCAAACUGAGCCCAGUCUCUGAUACUUGUAGUGAGGAAGAUUUAGAUGGUAGGCUCAGGAGAGCCUCACGGAGAAGGAAGAAGACUGAUAGUGACAAUCAGAUGGAUAAUGAUAGUGUGGUUAGAAACCAGAAUAAGAAGGUCAAACGAUUAAGUCUUGAUAAGAGAAUUGCGUUAAAAAGGAACAAACAAGAGGAAGUGGUUGCUCCGACAAGAAAGAAAAGAAACGUGAAGAGUAGAGUUGAGAAAAUCGAGGAGCUUGUCAGGGACUAUUCAGCAGCAACCGAUUUAGUCAGCUUGGAUUGGAAAAAAAUGAAGAUUCCUCCAGUUCUUCCCCCUUCAGAGCAUACUUGGUUGUUCAAGUUGAUGCAACCUAUGAAGGCUCUCCUUCGAGUAAAAGAAGAUUUACAAAAGGAUCUCAAAAGAGAGCCAACAGACGAUGAACUAGGUGCUGCAGCAAACAUGAGCAGCAUUCAAGUGAAAAGAGCAAUCGAAGUUGGUCGAGCUGCACGCAACAAGCUCAUAAAGCACAAUCUUCGGCUUGUGUUGUUUGUGAUCAACAAAUAUUUUCAAGAUUUUGCAAAUGGCGCAAGGUUCCAAGAUCUUUGUCAGGCAGGAGUGAAGGGACUUAUAACAGCAAUUGAUCGUUUUGAGCCAAAAAGAAGAUUUCGGCUAUCCACAUAUGGUUUGUUUUGGAUAAGACAUGCCAUUAUUCGUUCCAUGACCCUCUCAAGCUUCACUCGUGUCCCAUUUGGACUUGAAUCGGUUAGGGUAGAUAUUCAGAGAGCAAAACUUGAGUUAACAUUUGAGCUUCAGAGGUUACCAACAGAGGAGGAGAUAAUAGAAAGAGUUGGGAUUUCUCCUGAAAGAUACCAUGAAGUAAUGAAGGCCUCAAAACCUAUACUUUCCCUUCACUCGAGGCAUGCAAUCACCCAAGAGGAGUUUAUAGAUGGAGUCACCGAUUUCGAAGGUGUUAACGGCGAUAGCAGGAAGCAGCCUGCUGUUCUGAGGCUCGCACUUGAUGAUGUGCUUGAUUCCUUGAAGCCGAAGGAGAGUUUAGUGAUCCGGCAAAGGUACGGGCUUGAUGGUAAGGGAGACAGAACAUUGGGAGAAAUCGCUGGGAAUUUGAACAUUUCUAGGGAAAUGGUAAGGAAGCACGAGAUCAAGGCUUUGAUGAAGCUUAAGCAUCCUGCCCGGUUGGACUAUCUUCGUCGCUACGUUGUAUAAACUGACUGUGUAUAAUGUAUAUGCUUCCCUUCUAGAAUUGCCUGUCAUGGUGGCUGGUAGUCCCGCGUUAUGCAGCCAUUGACAGCAAGUUGAUGAUUAUUUGUAUCAGUCAUUUAAGCACACCAAAAAGAAAAAAUCAUAACUUUAUACCGAUGUAAUCUGUGAAAGACGUGAGAUUGCACAUAAGCAUACACAUAACCACCUAUACCUGUCACAUGUAAUAGAUAUAUUUAUAUGUAUACAUAUCUUCCCUGGAUGAGGCUUUUUCUUGUGCCAUGCACUGUUAUUUGCCGCA